CUACUUCUGGUUAGCUUGGAAGAGAUAGCGGUCGAGCGGUCUGAAGAAUUACUUAUGAAUUGGAAUAAACGCGCGACAUAGUAUUCCACGAACGUACCUUGUUGGAGUUUAGUAGGUCCUAAAUUAGGAAACGAACAUGAUCCGCUUCAUUCUGAUCCAGAACCGAGCCGGCAAGACACGACUCGCAAAAUGGUACAUGCAGUUUGACGACGACGAGAAGCAGAAGUUGAUCGAGGAGGUGCACGCAGUGGUAACUGUCAGAGAUGCCAAGCACACCAACUUUGUGGAGUUCCGAAACUUCAAAAUCAUCUACCGACGCUAUGCUGGACUCUACUUCUGCAUUUGUGUUGACGUGACUGAUAAUAACCUGGCAUAUCUUGAGGGAAUCCACAACUUUGUAGAGGUGCUCAAUGAGUACUUUCACAACGUGUGCGAACUGGACCUCGUCUUCAACUUCUACAAGGUGUACACGGUGGUGGACGAGAUGUUCCUCGCCGGUGAGAUCAGGGAGACCAGUCAGACUAAGGUCCUCAAGCAGCUUCUCAUGCUCCAGUCACUGGAAUAGACAACAAACAUGUUCCUGGCUUCCCUCCUGUUGAUGAAGGGGAGUUCCUAGACCUUGAAAUUGUUACGUGAUAUUUUGGCUGUGUCGCACUGCUCAAUAUGAAAGUUAAAUUUGGGAAGUCAAGUGAGUUGUCACUUGGCAACAGUGUGUUCACGUCCAGCCCCUCCAAUUAACCCUCAUCUCAGAGCACUACUGUCAUGAACAAGCACCAUCAUAAUCAGUGCAUCCGGCACUUAGGUGAUUUUUAAAACCUGCCACUGAUGUCAAAAACUCAUCAUGGGCAUUUUACAUGUGGCUCACCAUUAAGUUUAAUUCGGAGGCCCUUCAGAGCGGCUCGAAUAAGUGUACUCCGGGCAAGUGUGCGAUGACAACCUGUUGUAUCACAAGAUGGCCACCUCAUUGCAAUGGCAUUUCAAAUGUACUCUUAAUACUCUUCAUGACGCGGUGCUUGUUUGUCACACAUUUUAUAAAGCAGUACUGUGACGUGUGCGUAGUAUGGUUCGUGCAUAUUGUAUACUUGUAUCUUAAAAUAAUUAUAUUGACUAUAAAAUGAAAAAAAAAAAUCAUUCCAGAGCACACUACAUGUGCGCCUCAAAUAGCAUGUCGUCGUUUCAUAAAUGUGAGUCACAUAUUGGCUUCAUGAAACCAACAACAAAAGCUAAUUUGCUUGUGAAACCACCUCCCAUAGCCCUAACAUUGACCAUAUUCCAUGGUGGUUUCCUGUUUUGUAUUUUUUUUUUCCAAUCGUUUUAGUGUGUACUGCUUCCCUUUAGUUUCCACCCAAGUGUGUUGAUGGAAGUCUUGAUUUGCAGUAUUGUCUCCCAGUUCAAAUACAUGUACCAUUCUGUGUAAAUAAAAUGAUGUAUGAGAACAUU